AUGAAGACAGCAGGGACCCUCCUGACCCUCUCACUCUUCCACCUCUGCUCCUCAGUCUCCAUCAGCCGCCCCACCAAUGGGCUCAGACAAUGUCAAGAGUCCACUGACACCCCCAUCACCGCUCUGGAGGUGCUGCCCGGUGGAGGCUGGGACAACUUGCGUAACAUGGACAUGGGCCGAGUCAUGAACAUGAGCUAUUUCCAGUGCCAGACCACCGAGGACGGGCUCUACUUUAUACCAGACGAGGUGUUUGUCAUCCCCCACAAAGAGACGAGCGUGGAGACAAACUCAGAGAUAAUCAGCUCCUGGCUGGACCAUACAAGCUCAACAUCAAACUCCAUCAAUGCUGAUGUAUCUUUUAACGCCACACUAAAUGCCAAAUUUUCCAAAGAGAACCUAAGGAUGAAAACACAUCAGGUCAAAGACUCUUCAAUCACAGCCAGAGUGCAGGUUCGUAACCUGAUCUACACAGUAAAGGCUUAUCCAGACUUCACUCUUGACACACGCUUUGGACAACAAGUCAAAGAAAUCGCCAGCGCCAUUGAGAACAACCAAACGAGACAUGCAAACUACCUCUCAGAGAAGAUGGUUCUGGAUUACGGGACUCAUGUAAUCACAAGUGUUGAUGCCGGGGCUGCUUUGGUUCAGGAAGACUACCUCUGCUCGUCAUACAUGUCAGACAGUAAGUCAGACACUUCGAGCAUCACAGCACAGGCAGGGUUAAACUUCUUUGACAAACUCAAGUUUGACAUAAGUAGUAAUAGCACCAAACAGAGCUCCUCACUUUCGACGUACCAGUCCAAUAUCCAGUACUCUCUCACCCAAAGCCAUGGUGGUAUUCCUUUCUAUCCUGGCAUCACUCUGCAGAAGUGGCAGGAAAGCACCAAGAACAACCUGGUUGCUAUUGAUCGCGCUGGAUUUCCUCUACAUUACUUCAUAAACACCAACACCCUCCCUGAUCUGCCACAGCCCACCAUUGGGAAAGUUGCUCUCACAGUGAGUCAGGCCAUAGGGCGAUACUACAAAAUCAACAUGAGGCCAGGAUGUGUGGAUAUCGACUCCCAGAACUACAACUUCCAAGCCAACGUUAAUGAUUCGUCCUGCGAGGGUCCUGCUACAAACCUCAGCUUUGGUGGAGUCUACCAAGAGUGUGUUCCAAUCAGCUCAGAUGCAGACCUUCUUUGUGACACCCUGGCCGAGAAAAACCUAGACACUGGUGAUUUCUCCUGCCGUCCUCCUUACACCCGCACUUUACUGAGAUCAGAAGAGAGACAGCAGAGUUACACUUCAAACGACUGCUAUGAUGAAUCAUAUUCAUGUGGGUUUUUAGGGCUUUCUGUGUGUAAUCGCCGAGUGUGUGAGGACAACUACCAUGUUCGCUCUGCAUACAUUAACACCUACUGGUGCUCUGUGAAUGGAGCAGCCCCAGAAAACUCAGGGUAUCUGUUUGGAGGGAUUUACAGCUCCUCUCUCCCGAACCCCCUCACCAAUGCCCAGAGCUGCCCACAAAGCUUCAUUCCAGUCAAGUUUCUGUCCGAUGGACAGGUGAUCUGUCUGAGCAAUGACUACGAGGCUGGCAGCAGAUUUGCAGUGCCGUUUGGAGGCCUCUUUAGUUGUCAGUCAAGCAACCCACUAGCUAACUCCCAACGUCGCUGCCCUCCCAAGUUCAGUCAGCAUCUCGCCACAGUGAGCGAUGGCUGUGAAAUCCUUUACUGUGUCCAGUCAGGGCUGUUCACAGGAGGGAAGCUGCUUCCCAUCCAUCUGCCUCCAUUCACUAAACCUCCACUUGUUAGCAUGAACGGUAACAAUACUGUGAUUGUGAUGACUGAAGGAGGUAAGAGCUGGGUCAGAAUAGGGCAGACCAACUCAUGGAAAGUGGCCAAACCAGAAGAAGUUAAGGAAAUUAUGCAAAAGUACAACCCAGAACUUGAGCUAUGUAGUAAAGAGAAGGCUGGGGUAGUGUUUGGGGUGAUUGAGAUGAUGGUGGUGGUGGCAGCAGUCCUAGUGAAGAGAGGGAGGAAGCUGUCUGUUUUCAUGAGAGCUUGAGGCUAUGAAGAGAUAUGA